AUGCCGGUUAGCCGCGCUCGAGCCCAUCUACGCGUUGCGCCGGUGGGCGCCCUCGCCCUAGUCGGCCCGCACCCGUGUCGCCGGGCGCGUCCUCGCCCCGCGCCCGCGCCGGCUUCACAGGCCCACAUUGGAUCCUUCAGCCAAUCCUUGGUCGACAACAAUCAGAAGCUGGCCAAUCCUGAAUCGACAACAAAAAGAGGGCACAGAUCAGCUGACCGAGCUCUGAUCCAGCUCCUGAUCAACGCGAUCACGGCCACCGACCAGGCAUCGAACGACCACCAUCUCGCGUCAUGGCCAAACGUUCACAAGAACCACAUAUCACGAAUCAGAUGGGCAAUUUUUUUUUUUUUUUGCUACCGUGGACAUGCUGGCCUCGCGAGCUGGCCACAACGAAUUUACACUUUAAAUCUCCUCCAGGAGAUCCUCCUGCGUAUCGGCUUCCCCGCCGACGUCAUCCGCGCCUCCGCCGCAUGCGUCACAUUCCGCCGCCUCGUCACCGAACCCUCCUUCUUCCGCCGUUACCGCUCCCUCCACCCUUCGCUACUCCUCGGCUUCCUCGACACCAAAACCUUCCAGCUGGCCCAGGCGCCCCACCCCAACGCUCCUGCCGCCCGCGCUCUCUUCCGCGCCGCGAGCUUCUCCUUCGAGGACCACCUCCCUCGCCGCCAAGCGUUGUACCGCAUCUGGCCCUGGGUGAUCUGUGACCUCCGCGACGGCCGCGUCCUCCUCAAGUGCACACCGCUGGGAUUCAAAUUCAACGCCUUGGACUGGUUGCCGGAGCUCGCGGUUCAGCGAUAUAACAUUCCAUGUUUCGAGGCCUUCCUUGUCCCUUCUUCUACAGAAGAGGAGGAUGAGAGAUCGUUCAGAGUGAUAAGCAUGGCCAUGACGGAUUGCAUGACAAAGCUGGCGGUAUUUAUCUUCUCCUCGAGCUCUGGCCGCUGGAGUCUCGGUACGUCUACAAAUUUGGAUACUCUUAAUGUACCACCAGACAGAAAGAUGCUGAAACAGCCCCAUCUUGCUCAUGGCUGCUUCUUCGAUCUGGAAAGUGGAGAAGAAGGACAAGUUGCUCAAGCUUGA